CGGGGCUGGAUCUCCGGCGGCGGGCCCGGCUGGCAGGGCUUGAGGGUGUGGGCGCGGGCCGCGUACCGUCGGCGCUGCUGCUGCUGCUGCCCAGGGCCCUGGGCGUCCCCCGAUGAGAGGCUGGGUGGUUCCUGGCCGCCCCAGCGCUCGCCCAGGCUUGCUAAGAUGAAACACUGCAGAUGGGCCUUUUGAAGAUAAGGAGAAGGAAAAACAACAUUGAAGACUCUGGGGGAGAAAAACUGGACCUUUAGAUGCUGCUCUGGGAAACCUUCAGUAAUGGAUCAAAGGAAAAAUGAGAGUAUCGUUCCUAGCAUCACCCAAUUAGAAGAUUUCCUUACAGAACACAACUCCAAUGUUGUUUGGCUCCUUGUUGCAACCAUUUUGUCCUGUGGAUGGAUUAUUUAUCUCACCUAUUAUAACUCUCGGAAUGUUGGUCUUAUUUUAACAUUGGUUCUGAACAGAUUAUACAAACAUGGCUAUAUCCAUAUUGGCUCCUUCUCUUUCUCUGUUCUUUCUGGAAAAGUCAUGGUUCGUGAAAUCUAUUACAUUACAGAAGACAUGUCUAUUAGAAUUCAAGAUGGAUUCAUAAUUUUUCGGUGGUGGAAAAUGUAUAACCCAAAGCAGAAGCAGCAUGAUCCAAAGGCGGAGACCAGGUUGUAUGUCACAGUGAACGACUUUGAGUUCCAUGUUUACAAUCGCUCGGGCCUUUAUGGACGUCUUCAAGAAUUGUUUGGUUUGGAGCCAACGAUAAUCCCACCCAAGAAGGAGGAUGAUAAAACACGGGAAAAUGGAAGAACAAGAGCCCAGUCCAAAAUUGAAAGAGUUAAAGUGAAAACAGAAUCUCAGGACCCCACGUCCUCCUGGCGAUCCCUCAUUCCGGUCAUAAAGGUCAACGUGAGCACAGGACGCUUGGCCUUUGGAAAUCAUUACCAGCCUCAGACUCUGUGCAUCAACUUUGACGAUGCUUUCUUAACGUACACCACGAAGCCGCCGUCCAGCCACCUGGACCAGUUCAUGCACAUCGUGAAGGGGAAGCUGGAAAACGUGCGCGUCAUGCUGGUCCCUAGUCCGAGAUACGUUGGUCUUCAGAAUGACGAGCCUCCGCGGUUGAUGGGAGAAGGCUUCGUGGUGAUGCAGUCCAACGACGUGGACAUCUACUACUACAUGGACGAGCCAGGACUUGUUCCAGAAGAAACAGAAGAAAAUAUUGAAGGAGAAAUAAACAGUGAGGAUUGCAAAUUACAAGAUUUGCCUCCGUGUUGGGGACUGGAUAUAGUUUGUGGUAAAGGCACAGAUUUCAACUACGGGCCCUGGGCCGAUAGGCAGAGAGAUUGCCUAUGGAAGUUUUUCUUCCCGCCUGAUUAUCAAGUUCUGAAAGUUUCUGAAAUUGCACAGCCGGGGAGACCAAGGCAGAUCCUUGCCUUUGAGCUGCGAAUGAAUAUCAUUGCGGAUGCUACCAUUGAUUUGCUAUUUACCAAGAAUAGGGAAACAAACGCCGUGCAUGUGAACGUGGGCGCCGGCUCCUAUUUGGAAAUCAACAUCCCCAUGACAGUUGCGGAACAGGGUUACACCCCUGCAAUUAAAGGUCAGCUCUUACAUGUCGAUGCCACCACCAGCAUGCAGUACCGGACCCUUUUAGAAGCGGAAAUGUUAGCAUUCCACAUCAACGCCAGCUACCCCCGGGUGUGGAACAUGCCCCAGACGUGGCAGUGUGAGUUAGAGGUGUACAAAGCCACCUACCACUUCAUCUUUGCACAGAAGAACUUCUUCACAGACUUAAUCCAGGACUGGUCUAGUGACAGUGCUCCAGACCUUUUUUCAUUCGUGCCGUAUACGUGGAAUUUUAAAAUCAUGUUUCAUCAAUUUGAAAUGAUUUGGGCUGCUAAUCAACACAACUGGAUUGACUGUUCCACUAAACAACAAGAAAAUGUGUACCUGGCCGCCUGUGGGGAAACACUGAAUAUUGAUUUCUCCUUGCCAUUUACGGACUUUGUUCCAGCUACGUGCAACACCAAGUUCUCCCUAAGAGGAGAAGAUGUUGAUCUUCAUCUGUUUCUACCAGAUUGCCACCCUAGUAAAUAUUCAUUAUUUAUGCUGGUGAAGAAUUGCCACCCACAUAAAAUGACUCACGACGCCGGCCUUCCUGCGGAGUGCCAGAGCGGCCAGAAAACCGUUAAGCCAAAAUGGCGGAACCUUACCCAAGAAAAGGCUGGUUGGGUUGAAUGCUGGACUGUGCCGAGCGUCAUGCUUACGAUCGAUUACACGUGGCACCCAAUUUACCCCCAGAAAGCAGAUGAGCAGCUGAAACAGUCAUUGUCAGAAAUGGAAGAAACAAUGCUGUCUGUGUUGAGGCCGUCCCAGAAGACGUCAGACAGGGUCGCCUCUGCGCCCUCCACGUCCUCGCGCCCCCCCGUUGAUCCUUCCGAACUUCCGCCCGACAGGCUGCACGUGGAGAUGGAGCUGUCCCCGGAUUCUCAGAUAACGCUCUACGGGCCUCUGUUAAAUGCCUUUUUGUGUAUAAAGGAAAACUACUUUGGGGAGGAUGACAUGUACAUGGAUUUUGAGGAGGUGGCUUCGAGCCCUGUUCUGUCCCUGUCAACGUCCUCCAGCUCUGGGUGGACCGCUGUUGCCAUGGACGGUGACAGGAAGGAAAACGAGAGCUCAGCCAAGUCCGUCCACCCACUGUCCCUGCGUCCGUGGGACAUCACUGUGCUGGUGAAUUUGUACAAAGUCCAUGGGCGUCUCCCCGUUCAUGGAGCUGCCGAUGGCCCUGAGUGCCCCACAGCGUUUUUGGAAAGACUGUGUUUUGAAAUGAAGAAGGGGUUUAGGGAGACUAUGCUGCAGCUUGUCCUGUCUCCCCUGAGUGUGUUCGUCAGUGACAACUACCAGCAGCGGCCCCCCGCGGACGACGCGCUCCGGGAAGGUCGCAUCAGCCUGUCGGGCCUGCAGCUGCGAGCGCACGCCAUGUUCUCGGCAGAAGGCCUGCCCCUGGGGAGCGACUCCCUGGAGUAUGCGUGGCUCAUCGACGUGCAGGCGGGCAGCCUCACGGCCAAGGUCACGGCGCCGCAGCUGGCAUGCCUCUUGGAGUGGGGACAGACCUUUGUUUUUCACGUGGUCUGUCGGGAGUAUGAACUGGAAAGACCCAAAUCAGUCAUGAUUUGUCAGCAUGGAAUUGAUCGUCGGUUCUGUGAAUCCAAGUUGAGCUGUGUUCCUGGGCCUUGUCCAGCUUCAGACGAUUUGAAAUACACUAUGACUCGAUUAGCGGUCGAUGGAGCUGACGUUUACCUUGUGGAGCACGGCUGCGCCACAAACAUAAAGAUGGGUGCGGUCCGGGUUGCAAACUGUAAUCUCCACAACCAGACUGUUGGGGAAGGAAUCAGCGCGGCGAUUCAGGACUUCCAAGUGAGGCAGUGCGUCGAGCAGCUGGCGGCCCCCCGGGCGGGCCUGCAGCCUGCGGCGCUGCGGCGGGCCUGCUGGCUGGAGGCCGGCUCGGCCAGCCUCGGCCUCAUCACCAUGGAUGUGGCGCUGGCGGCCGACCACCACUCCAAGCACGAGGCGCAGAGGCAUUUCUUAGAGACCCACGAUGCCAGGACGAAGAGGCUGUGGUUUCUGUGGCCCGAGGACCCGCUGCGGAGCAAGCGGUGCCGGCACAGGUGUGGCUGUCUCGGCGGCUGCAGGUUCUUUGGCGGCACGGCGGCUGGCCUGGAUUUCUUCAAGCUCGAGGAGCUGACCCCGUCCAGCAGCUCUGCAUUUUCCAGCGCCAGCGCAGAGUCUGACAUGUACUACGGACAGUCGCUGCUGCAGCCUGGAGAGUGGAUCAUCACCAAGGAGGCCCCCAAGGCUGCGGAGGGUGCAGGCAGCACGAACGGCGUGAGGAGGAAAGACUGGGAAGGCAGGUCGGCUGGAGCCGAGGCCGAGAGGAGGGCACAGCACCUGAGCCUGCAGGUGCCGCCGCGUGGCCACAGCGCGUCCUCGUCCUCCGACGACAGCAGCAGCUCCAGCGCGGCCCAGCCCCUGCUGGCUGGGGACAGGGAAAGCCCCUCCUCUGGCGCCGAGGAGCGUGCGCCACCCCGGAAGGAGUUCCUGCCCGGCGCAAAGAGAGACGCAGGCCAGGGGAGCGUUUCUACAGAAAUUUCAGGAAACAGCCCUGUGUCUCCAAAUACUCAGGACAAGUCUGCAGGUCAGUCCCCGCUGCGCUCGCCCCUGAAACGACAAGCCUCUGUGUGCUCCGCCCGCCUGGGAAGCACCAAGAGCCUCACCGCUGCCUUUUAUGGGGACAAGCAGCCCGUCACAGUGGGAGUGCAGUUUAGCAGUGAUGUCUCCCGAAGCGAUGAGAACGUCCUGGACUCGCCGAAGCAGAGGAGGAGUUUUGGUUCGUUCCCGUACACGCCGUCGGCCGACUCGAACUCGUUCCAUCAGUACCGAUCCAUGGACUCCAGCAUGUCCAUGGCCGACAGCGAGGCCUACUUUUCAGCAGCAGAGGAGUUCGAGCCCAUGAGCAGUGACGAAGGCCCUGGAACUUACCCAGGGAGGAAAAAGAAGAAAAAGCAGGCCCAGCAGACCGACUACAGCCGGGGCUCCAUCUAUCACAGCGUGGAGGGGCCGCUCCUCGGCCACGGGGAAAGCCUCCAGGACCCCCGCGCCCUGCCGUUCAGAACCCACCCGUCCCAGGCCUCCUUUGUGUCUGCCUUGGGCGGCGAAGACGACGUCCUGGAGCAGCUGUACGCUGCGGAAGGGGAGAAGGCGGGCGAGAGCGAGCAGGCCGCCAGUCAGCAGCCGGUGAUGAGCUGCUACCAGACUUACCUCACCCAGUUCCAGGUGGUGAACUGGUCGGUGAAGCACCCGCCCAAUAAGAGGACCUCCAAGUCCUCGCUGCACCGCCCCCUCGACCUGGACACGCCGACCAGCGAGGAGAGCUCAUCCUCGUGCGAGCAGCUCUCUGUGCCCACGUUUAAGGUCAUCAAACAGGGGCUCACAGCUAAUUCUUUGCUGGACCGAGGAAUGCAACUUUCAGGAUCAUCUUCAAAAACCCCGUACACCCCGCUGGAGAGGAGGGCCGCCGAGGGCGCGGACGACGACACGGGCACGGAGGAGUGGGCGCUGGACCAGCCCGCCGCCCAGACCAGGACCACCGCCAUCGUGGAGGUCAGGGGCGCCGUGGACGUCGUGCUGACACCUCUGGUGGCCGAGGCGGUGGACAGAUACAUCGAAGCGAUGGUCCACUACGCCAGCACCCGCCAUCCGGCCGCGAUUGUGGAUGACCUUCACGCCAAGGUCCUCAGGGAGGCUGUCCAAAACAGCAAGACCACGUUCUCGGAAAAUUUAUCUUCCAGACAAGACGUUCGCGGAACAAAAGCUGAGCACCCUGCUAUGGGAACGACCCACGAAGGACAGACACAGACCAGCCUCACAAUGAAGCAAGACAGCGUGACGAUUAAAGGUCUUCAGGCCAACGUUAGCGUACCAAAGAUAAACUUAUGCUUGUUACAAGCCUCAGUGGAAGAAUCUCCCAGUACAGCUCCCAGUAGAAGCGUGACUCACGUGUCCCUGGUUGCUCUGUGUUUCGACAGAAUUGCUACACAAGUUCGUAUGAACAGAGGCGUGGUCGAAGAGGCUUCUGGCAGCACAGAGGCCGGCCGGGCAUCCCGGUUUGACAGGUACGUCCACGCCACCAAGAUGCAGCCUCAGUCGUCUGGGUCACUCAGGUCCAACGCUGGAGCCGAGAAAGGCAAGGAGAUCGCCGCCAAGUUAAACAUCCAUCGCGUUCAUGGGCAGCUCAGGGGCCUCGAUACAACAGACGUCGGCACCUGCGCCAUCACCGCCAUCCCCUUCGAGAAGUCCAAAGUCCUCUUCACGCUGGAGGAGCUGGACGAGUUCACGUUUGUGGAUGAGACCGAUCAGCAAGCUGUGCCGGACGUGACUCGGAUAGGUCCCAGCCAGGAAAGAUGGGGGUGGAUAAUGUUUGAGUGUGGACUUGAAAACUUAACCAUAAAAGGGGGAAGACAGUCGGGCGCCGUUUUGUAUAACGCUUUUGGAACGAUGGGCAAAGCGAGUGUGAGCGAAGGGGGUGGAGCGCUGACAUCCAACAACUCCUCCGACUCCCCGACCGGCAGCGGCUACAACACGGACGUCUCCGACGACAACCUCCCGUGCGACCGGGCCAGCCCUUCUUCAGACUUGAAUGGAAAUUCUGUUUCCGAUGAGCAGGAUGAGGGCGUCGAGUCUGACGACUUGAAGAAGGACGUGCCUCUCCUGCCGCCGCCGCCCGACUCCUGCAGCAUGAAGCUGACCAUCCAGGAGAUCUGGUUCAGCUGUGCGGCCCCCACCAACGUGCGGUCUCCGGCUCACGCGUUUUCUAGGCAGCUGAACCUGCUGAGCACAGCGACGCCGGCCGUGGGGGCGUGGCUCGUCCCCAUUGACCAGCUGAAGUCGUCUCUCAGCAAGCUGGACACGGAGGGGGCGCUGCGGGCCUGCGCUGUGAUGGGCUGCAUCAUGACCGAGGCCCUGGAGAAUAAAAGCGUGCAUUUCCCCCUAAGAAGUAAAUACAACAGACUUACGAAAGUUGCUCGCUUUCUCCAAGAAAACCCUUCGUGUUUACUGUGCAACAUCCUCCACCACUACCUGCACCAGGCCAACUACGCCGUCAUCGAUGACGCCACCAUGAGCGACGGGCUUCCCGCUUUGGUGACCUUGAAGAAAGGCCUCGUUGCCCUGGCCAGGCAGUGGAUGAAGUUCAUCGUGGUGACGCCGGCCUUCAAAGGAGUCAGCCUGCACCGGCCUGCCCAGCCCCCGAAGCCCCCCGCCGCGCUGGACCCCGACCACGAGGACGGCCUCGGGCUGGACAAUGGAGCAGGCCUUCAGAGCGACACCAGCGCCGACGGGGCCGAGUUUGAAUUCGACGCAGCCACGGUGAGCGAGCACACGAUGCUGCUGGAAGGCACCGCCAGCCGGCCGCCCCCCGGCGGCUCAGGGCCCGUCACCGGAGCCGAGAUCAUUCGGAAGCUCUCCAAGACGCACACCCACAGUGACUCUGCGUUAAAAAUAAAGGGCGUCCACCCGUAUCAUUCUCUGAGCUACACCAGCGGGGACACCGCCACCGACUCGCCGGUGCACGUGGGCCGUGCCGGGGCGCCCCUCAGGGAGAGCCCGCGGAAGGAGAGCCUGCUCAGCUACCUGACCGGCAGCUUCCCGAGCUUGCACAACCUGCUGGAGGGGACGCCUCAGAGGAGCAGCGCGGCCGGGAAGAGCAGCUCCCUGACGCGGACAGGAAAUACAAUGGCCACGGAUAUGUUGUCUGAGCACCCCUUGCUGUCCGAGCCGUCCUCCGUGAGCUUCUACAACUGGAUGUCCAACGCUGUGGGCAACCGGGGGAGCGUGGUGCAGGACUCUCCCGCCACGAAGUCCGGGCACAGCAGUCUUCCGACAGGCGUUGCGCCCAAUCUUCCUACAAUACCCUCAGCCUCAGACUUCAAUACCGUUCUGUCGAGCGACCAGAACACUCUGGACGGCACGCAUUCUCAGCACAGCACGAGCCAGGACGACGUGGCCGGUGUGGAGGCCGCCAACCAGGGCUUCCCUGCAGUGCAGCUGGCCGAUGCGCAGGUUGUCUUCAAGCCUCUUCUGAGCCACACGGGGAUCCAGCCACAGGACGCGAUGCCGCUGUGCUGCCGGAUGUACUUCGGAGAGCACCUGUCGUUCUCGGGGACGCUGGACUGCCUCCGGGCGGACAUCGUGGACUCCGACACGGCCAAGGAGAGGAAGGGCAAGAGAGCACGCAGGCAGGGCCAUGUGAACCUCCCUCCGCUGGAGUUCAAGCCCGCACUGAGGCUGGAGACCUUCAGCCUCAGCGCGGUGGUGAUGGAGAAGGCGGCCUGUGCUCCUCAGAGCACCGCCAGCGCGCUCUCCUUCCACGACCUCGGCAGGCGCCGCUACAGCACCUUCCACUGCAACUUCACCAUCUCCUGCCAGUCCAUCAGCCAGCACGUGGACAUGGCGCUGGUGCGCCUCAUCCAUCAGUUCAGCACAAUGAUCGACGACAUCAAAGCCACCCAGACGGACAUUAAACUGAGCAGGUACACAGCUGGGUCGGCCUCGCCAACGCCCACCUUCAAAACCAGGAAACACCGGGACUUCCGCUCCUCCGACUUCAGCCGCAGCUCCAGAGGGAGUCUGAACGGUGGCGCCAGGGGGAACAAUGCCAAGAACAAGCGGGCCAGCGGCGAGAACAACAAAAAGGAGUCUCGAAACAAAAACUCCCUAGGGCGCUCCGAGAGGAGGACCUCCAAGGUGUCCCGGAAAGGCUCCAAGGACGUGGUGGACCACGUGGCGAUCCCCAUGGACGACUCGGACUCCAUCACCGUGUCUGAGCAGAGUGAGCCCUCCGCCGAGUGCUGGCAGAACAUGUACAAGCUGCUCAACUUCUACUCCCUGAUCUCCGACCCGACGGGCAUACUGGAGAAGUCGUCCGAGGCUUUUGGACCCGCAGGCGUGCGGAGCCCGACAGAGCCGGCCUGCAGGGUGGUGUUUGAGAACGAACAGGACAGCGGCAGCGUGACGAAGCGGAAGCGCAGCCUGGUGACGGCGGAGCCCCAGUACGUCACCCUGAUCGUGUUCGGGAUCGGCAUGGUGAACCGGACACACUUGGAGGCCGACAUCGGUGGGCUCACGAUGGAGUCGGAACUGAAGAGGAUCCACGGCAGCUUCACCCUGAAGGAGAAGAUGAAAGAUGUUUUACAUCAAAAGAUGACUGAGACCUGUGCCACCGCGCAUAUUGGUGGCGUCAACAUUGUGCUGCUUGAAGGGAUUACACCGAACAUACAACUGGAGGACUUCCCUACAUCUCCUACCAGCACAGCCAAACAAGAGUUCCUAACCGUGGUGAAAUGCAGUAUCGCCAAGUCGCAGGCCCUGUACAGCGCCCAGCGGGGCCUGAAGACCAACAACGCCGCCGUGUUCAAGGUCGGCGCCAUCAGCAUCAACAUCCCCCAGCACCCCGCCACCUUGCACAGCAUGAUGGUGCGCAGCUCUCACCAGCUGUCGAAGCAGAUCUCCGACCUCAUCCGGCAGCCCUCCGCAGCCCCACAGCCAGUAAAAGAAGAUAUUGCGACCCCCCUACCUUCUGAAAAAACCCCAACGAGUGUUAAUCAGACUCCUAUCGAAACAAAUGAGUUUCCUCAGCUGCCGGAAGGCUUGGAAAAGAAGCCGCUGGUCCUGAAGUUCAGCACCAUGCUGGACGGCAUCGCCAUCGGGGCCGCGCUGCUGCCCUCCCUGCGGGCCGAGUACAAGAUGGGCCGGAUGCGGAGCCACGGGAUGACAGGUGCGCAGACCAGGUUUACGUUUGAGCUGCCGAACCACAGGCUGCGCUUCACCUCCAAAGUCUCUGCCACGGACAUGCCCACCAUCCCCCCGUCGGCCAGCCUGAACCUGCCCCCGGUGACCAUGUCGGGGAAGUACGUGAUGGAGGAGCACGACAGCUGCCCCGACCAGGCGUGGGGCAUCGACGAGCUGCCCGCCAGGCAGGGCUGCUACCUGCAGGGCAACUACCUGCGCUGCGUGGCGGAAGUUGGUUCUUUUGAACACAAUCUCACAACUGAUCUUCUGAACCACUUGGUGUUUGUACAGAAAGUGUUCAUGAAGGAAGUUAACGAAGUGAUACAGAAAGUCUCCGGCGGGGAGCAGCCGAUCCCUCUCUGGAACGAGCAUGACGGUGCAGCAGACGGAGAGAAGCCCAAGAUUCUCCUCUAUUCCCUCAACCUGCAGUUCAAGGGUAUUCAAGUAACGGCAACCACACCGUCAAUGAGGGCUGUGAGGUUUGAAACUGGGUUGAUUGAACUGGAACUUUCGAACCGACUUCAAACCAAAGCCUCGCCAGGAAGCAGCAGCUACCUGAAACUGUUUGGGAAGUGCCAGGUGGACCUGAACCUGGCGCUGGGACAGAUUGUCAAACACCAGGUCUAUGAGGAAGCUGGCUCCGAUUUUCAUCAAGUCGCCUAUUUUAAAACCAGAAUCGGGCUGCGGAACGCCCUCCGCGAAGAAAUCAGCGGCUCUUCCGACCGGGAGGCCGUGCUCAUCACCUUGAACAGGCCCAUUGUGUACGCGCAGCCGGUGGCCUUCGACCGAGCGGUGCUGUUCUGGCUGAACUACAAGGCCGCCUACGACAACUGGAAUGAGCAACGGAUGGCUCUGCACAAGGACAUUCACAUGGCCACCAAGGAGGUGGUAGACAUGCUGCCCGGAAUCCAGCAGACCUCCGCCCAGGCCUUCGGGACGCUCUUCCUGCAGCUCACGGUCAACGACCUGGGCAUCUGCCUGCCGAUCACGAACGCGGCGCAGUCCAAUCACACGGGCGACCUGGAUGCCGGCUCUGCCCUGGUGCUGACCAUCGAGAGCACCCUCAUCACAGCCUGCUCCUCGGAGUCCCUGGUCAGCAAAGGGCACUUCAAGAACUUCUGCAUCCGCUUCGCCGACGGUUUUGAGACGUCGUGGGACGACUGGAAACCGGAAGUCCGUGGGGACCUGGUGAUGAAUGCCUGUGUGGUUCCCGACGGCACCUACGAAGUGUGCUCCCGGACCACGGGACAGGCGGCGGCCGAGAGCAGUAGUGCCGGAACCUGGACCCUCAACGUGUUGUGGAAAAUGUGCGGGAUUGACGUGCACAUGGACCCCAACAUCGGCAAGCGGCUGAACGCCCUGGGCCACACCCUGACCACCCUGACCGGCGAGGAGGACGUAGAUGACAUCGCUGAUCUGAACUCCAUGAACAUCGGCGACCUGUCGGACGAGGACGAAGUGGACACUAUGUCCCCCACCGUCCACACUAGCUCAGACGGAAGCUCAGUAAGUGGAGAUGGCCACAAGCUCACCUUUGGGCAGCGACUUGUAAAUCACCUGCUCGGCCUGGCGCCCCCGCACCAGCGCUAUUCGGUCCCUGCAGAGUACCUGUGUGGGCCCGGGCCCGGGGCCUCCCCUCGGUCUAGCCAGGCCCAUGUGAAAGUGUGCAGAGCCCACUCUUGGGGAAACGAAGCUGUAGAGUAUCGAAGACAAGGAGCACCGUGCAGCCAGCCGGGGGAACUGCGGGGCAGAAAGCUGAUGAAGCGCAUCGUGGACAUCAGGGAGCUGAACGAGCAGGCCAAAGUCAUAGAUGACCUGAAAAAAUUAGGUGCAAGUGAAGGAACCAUAAACCAAGAAAUUCAGCGUUACCAACAGUUAGAGUCUGUUGCUGUGAAUGAUAUUCGAAGAGACGUUCGCAAAAAAUUGCGGAGGUCCAGUAUGCGAGCUGCUUCCCUGAAGGACAAGUGGGGCUUGGGUUACAAGCCGAGCUACAGCCGGUCCAAGACCGUCUCCGCUUCUGGGAGGCCGCCUCUGAAGCGCAUGGAAAGGGCAAGUUCUCGAGUAGGCGACGCUGAGGAGCUUCCGGAAAUCCGUGUGGACGCAGCAUCUCCCGGGCCCCGGGUGACGUUCAACAUCCAGGAUACAUUGAGAAAAACAGUGUGGGCAAGCACACCAGAGUCCAGCUCUCCUGGGGAAGGGUAUUUUCAGUUUCCGGAGGAGACAGAACUGGACCUUUUGUCAGUCACCAUCGAUGGCCCCUCCCAUUACUUGCCCAACAGCAGCGAAGGGUCCUGUUCCGGGUCCCGGGCCCCCAGGACUCCAGGCUUCCCCCCAGGCGCUGCUUUCCAGCCGGAGGACGGCCGGCGGGACGACAGUUUGUCUUCCUCGAGCGAGGAUUCCGAGAAGGAUGAAGACCACGAGAAGGAAAGGUUUUACAUCUACAGGAAACCCUCACACACGUCUCGUAAGAAAGCCUCGGGCUUUGCUGCCGUUCACCAGCUGUUUACGGAGCGCUGGCCCCCCGCGCCCGUCAACCGGGGCCUCAGCGGCACAGCUACGGAGAGAAACAUCGACUUUGAACUAGACAUACGGGUUGAAAUUGACAGUGGGAAGUGUGUGCUCCACCCGACCACCCUCCUACAGGAGCACGACGACAUCAGCCUGCGGAGGAGUUAUGACAGAAGUUCCAGGAGUUUAGAUCAAGAUUCUCCUUCAAAAAAGAAGUUUCAAGCUAAUUAUGCUUCUACCACCCACUUAAUAACGAGCAAGAAGGUGCCGUCGUCCCUGCAGACCAAGCCGAGCGACUUGGAGACCACGGUCUUCUACAUCCCUGGGGUGGACGUGAAGUUGCAUUACAAUUCCAAGACGCUGAAGACUGAGUCACCUAACGCCUCCAGGGGCUCGUCCUUGCCAAGAACACUCUCGAAAGAGUCCAAGCUGUCCGGUAUGAAAGAUAGUGCCGCCUCUCCGCCUCCUCCUUUGCCUUGCGCCGUCCAGGGCAAGGCUAACACCUUGCUUCCUCCCCAGCCCCCACCUGUCCCCGCAGCCAAGGGAAAAGGCAGUGGAGGAGUCAAAACAGCCAAGCUGUAUGCUUGGGUGGCCCUGCAGUCCCUGCCGGAAGAAAUGGUGAUCAGCCCCUGCCUGCUGGACUUCCUGGAAAAGGCUCUGGAAACCAUCCCCAUCACGCCCAUCGAACGGAAUUACACGACUGUCAGCUCCCAAGAUGAGGACAUGGGGCACUUCGACCUCCCAGACCCAAUGGAGGAGUCGACGACGUCGCUGGUGUCGUCCUCCACGUCUGCAUACUCCUCCUUCCCGGUGGACGUCGUGGUCUACGUCCGUGUGCAGCCCUCCCAGAUCAAGUUCAGCUGUUUGCCGGUGUCCAGGGUGGAAUGCAUGCUGAAGCUGCCGUCCCUGGACUUAGUGUUCUCCUCAAACCGGGGAGAGCUGGAGACUUUAGGGACCACGUAUCCUGCCGAGACUGUGUCCCCCGGAGGGAAUGCUGCCCAGGGAGGCGCGAAGUCCUCUGCAGGCAGGCCGGGAGCCACAGGUUCAUCGGGCCUGGGCAGCCCUCUCGGCCGAAGCCGGCACAGCAGCAGCCAGUCGGACCUGACCACGUCCAGCAGCAGCUCGUCGGGGCUGAGCUUCACGGCGUGCAUGUCCGACUUCUCGCUCUAUGUGUUCCACCCGUACGGGGCCGGGAAGCAGAAGACCGCCGUCUCUGGGCUCCCGGCCGGGACCGGAGGGCUAGGGAACACGGACGAGGAGCCCACUUCCGUCACCGGCCGGAAGGACUCGCUGAGCAUAAACCUCGAGUUUGUGAAAGUGAGCUUGUCUCGGAUGCGGCGCUCGGGAGGGACCUCAUUUUUUGAAAGUCAGUCGGCAAACAAGUCUGCGAGCAAGAUGGACACCACGCUCAUCAAUAUAUCUGCUGUCUGCGACAUAGGGUCUGCUUCCUUUAAGUAUGACAUGCGCCGCCUCAGUGAGAUCCUGGCGUUUCCCCGAGCCUGGUAUAGGAGGAGCAUCGCCAGGCGCCUCUUCCUUGGAGACCAGACCAUAAACCUGCCAACGUCUGGCCCAGGGACCCCCGACUCCGUCGAGGGGGUGAGCCAGCACCUGUCGCCGGAGUCCUCGAGGAAAGCGUACUGCAGGACCUGGGAGCAGCCCAGCCAGUCGGCCUCCUUCACGCACAUGCCCCCGUCCCCCAGUGUGUUCAGUGAGCACGUGGCUAACAGUGCCAUGUCCCCGGGGGCGGCAGCGCAGAGCCUCAAGUCCCCAGCCUCCGCGAGGUGCAGGAGCGUCUCCGACUCCUCCGUCCCCCGAAGAGAUUCACUUUCAAAAACAUCAACUCCUUUUAACAAAUCAAACAAAGCAGCAAGUCAACAGGGGACCCCGUGGGAAACACUUGUCGUGUUUGCUAUCAACUUGAAGCAAUUAAACGUUCAAAUGAAUAUGAGUAAUGUAAUGGGAAACACAACCUGGACGACGAGCGGCCUGAAGAGCCAGGGCCGCCUGUCAGUGGGAAGUAACCGCGACCGGGAGAUCAGCAUGUCCGUGGGGCUGGGGCGGUCCCAGCUGGAUUCCAAGGGCGGAGUCGUCGGAGGGACCAUCGACGUCAACGCCCUGGAGAUGGUUGCUCAUAUUUCUGAACACCCGAACCAGCAGCCCAGCCACAAAAUCCAGGUCACCAUGGGCUCGACCGAGGCCCGCGUGGACUACAUGGGCUCCAGCAUCCUCAUGGGCAUCUUCAGCAACGCCGACCUCAAGCUGCAGGACGAGUGGAAGGUGAACCUGUGCGCGGCCCCCGACGCGAGCAUGGUGGACAAGAGUGAAAUUUUUGUCCAUGGAGAUUUGAAGUGGGAUAUUUUCCAAGUAAUGAUAUCAAGAUCGACCACACCAGACCUGAUAAAAAUAGGAAUGAAGCUCCAGGAAUUUUUCACGCAACAGUUUGACACCAGCAAACGAGCUCUGUCUACCUGGGGACCAGUUCCUUAUCUCCCGCCCAAGACAGUGCCGAACAACCUCGAGAGAAGUUCUCAAGAGCAGUUGCUGGACGCGGCGCACCACCGGCACUGGCCGGGCGUGCUGAAGGUGGUGUCGGGGUGCCACAUCUCCUUGUUCCAGGCCCCGCUGCCAGAGGACGGGAUGCAGUUUGGAGGAUCGAUGAGCUUGCAUGGAAAUCACAUGACGCUAGCUUGUUUUCAUGGUCCGAACUUCCGUUCAAAAUCCUGGGCCCUUUUUCACUUAGAAGAACCAAACAUUGCUUUUUGGACUGAAGCUCAGAAAAUCUGGGAAGAUGGCUCUAGUGAUCAUUCUACAUACAUUGUACAAACGCUGGAUUUUCACCUGGGCCACAACACCAUGGUCACCAAGCCGUGUGGCGCUUUGGAAAGUCCUAUGGCAACAAUAACCAAGAUAACGCGGCGGCGCCAUGAGAACCCACCCCACGGAGUGGCGAGUGUGAAGGAAUGGUUCAAUUACGUGACGGCCACCAGAAACGAAGAGCUGAACCUGCUUCGUAACGUGGACGCUAACAACGCCGAGAGCAGCACGACGGUGAAGAAUUCUAGUUUGCUGAGUGGGUUCAGAGGCGGCUCCUCCUACAACCACGAAACGGAGACCAUCUUUGCUUUGCCAAGGAUGCAGCUCGACUUCAAGUCUAUUCAUGUUCAAGAGCCACAAGAACCUUCACUACAGGACGCCAGCCUGAAGCCGAAGGUGGAGUGCAGCGUGGUGACGGAGUUCACCGACCACAUCUGCGUGACCAUGGACGCCGAGCUCAUCAUGUUCCUGCACGACCUCGUGUCAGCCUAUCUCAAAGAGAAGGAGAAAGCCAUUUUUCCACCUCGCAUUUUAUCGACUCGACCAGGACAAAAAAGUCCAGUUAUUGUCCACGAUGACACGUCCUCCGACAAGGACAGAGAGGAUGGCAUCACUUACACCACUGUGGACUGGAGGGACUUCAUGUGCAAUACGUGGCAUCUGGAGCCCACUCUCAGAUUAAUUUCUUGGACUGGAAGAAAGAUUGAUCCAGUAGGCGUUGAUUAUAUCCUUCAAAAGCUGGGCUUUCAUCAUGCCAGGACUACUAUUCCUAAAUGGCUUCAGAGAGGGGUCAUGGACCCCCUGGACAAGGUUCUGUCCGUUCUUAUCAAAAAGCUCGGGACUGCACUACAGGACGAGAAGGAAAAGAAAGGAAAAGACAAGGAAGAACACUAAACAAGUCACUUGAUCUGUGAACAAAUUUUGAUUGUGUCCGUUAAAUUUUAUUACACUGGAGUGUUUUGUUUUUUGUAUAUUAAAAUUAUUUUAAAUAUAAUUUGAAAAUAAUUCUAAUUUUGCGGCCAUUAUGUUGGUUUGUAAGUUAACCUGUUUGUUCUAAUUCCACCAUUCUGUAUACAGCGAAGUAUUGCAUGAUAAUGUAAAUUUUGUGAAAAACUAGAUUAAGAUAUAUACAUCUACUCAGUAGGGUUUAUAAUUGUAUUAUGUGCAAUAUGAUUCCUGCAUCUCAAAACACUUUCAGAAUAACUGUGAAUUUCUUGUUAUUGGCCAUACUUUUAGGAAAAAAAUCUUGUUCAUAAUGUGAUAUUUUGGUCAUUAAUUACUUUU